GUAGCUAAAUACGUAAGGGUCCCCUUUACUAAAACUAACCUAAUCCCUAUCCCGUUAACUUAUAAUACUACUAACUUAACGAUCGAGCACGACUACCUAACCGUAUUCGAACUCGGUAAUUCCGUCGCUGUUUUCGGGGCGGGUCCCGUUAGGCUACUAUUUACUUAUUUAGCUAUUUUACGUAGAGUAUCUAAGGUCUACGUCGUUAAAUAUAUAAAACAAUACCUUACUCUCACCGCUUUUAUUAGCGCUAUCCCGAUUAACUUUAUUAAUAAAGACCUUAUUACCUAA